UCAGUGCAGACAGAGGGAGAGAGGGCAUGCCAGCAGUUCACGCGGAGCGCUGGGCAUGCCCCCUCAAUGACGAAAUCGGGGGCGUGGCUCGCGAUCGCGGGUCCUCCGCGAGGCCACGCCCCCUUUCCCAUAGGCCACGCACCUUUUUCGGGAGCGCGCCCAAGGUUUGGGCUACGAGAAAAUGGCGGAAAGUUAUUGUUUAACUCUAGAUCUAGGACAUCGGAAACCCCAGUGACGUCAUAAUCCUGCGCCGGAGCGGCUGUGUCCCCGAGUCCCCCAACUACAGCACAGGCAGUGAUGGCAGAGUAUAAGAUCCGGGCGUACAAGGACUCUGACUACGACGCUGUGCGAGCACUGUUUUCCCACGGGAUGAGUGAAUACGUCCCUGGCGUUUGCAUGCAUGUUCUUAAGCAGCCCUGGGUCCUCUUUGUGAUGACCUGCCUUUUCCUGUCCCUGCUCUUCAGCUCCAAGUCCCUCAUCUUACCCGUUCUGGCCCUAACGCUUCUCCUGGCCUUGGGCCGCCAGGUCCUGGGCUACUGCUGGAACUUGUACAUAGACCACUGCCUAAACGAGGACCUUCUAGACAUCCGGAAGACUUACAUGGAGAGCAAGGGUUCCCAUUUCUGGGUGGUGGAAGCUGAGGACAGCGUUGUCGGGACAGUGGCGGUGAAACCGUCGGGGGACAGGAAUGACGAAUUAAUCCUGAAGAGAUUGUCGGUGAGAAAGGACUUCCGUGGGCUCGGCAUCGCCAAAGCCCUGUCACGGGAGGUCAUUGGCUUUGCACGGCGUGGUGGUUACAGGUCCGUGGUCCUGAACACACUGAUGGUUCAGCGGGAGGCCCAGGCUGUGUACGAGAGCGUGGGCUUCAAGAAAUACACCGAGUUUGUCCUCCCCACGGUGUACGGGAGGCUGGUCAACUUCACCAUCUCCAAGUAUCGCUAUGAGAUCCUACCUGUGAGCUGAAGCUGCGGAGGGUGAGGACUGGUCGUGUCUCAGGGAACCAAUGUACGUCGCUGCUCACUGUAGUCCUGACCGCAACAUGCGAGCGCAUAAUAACUUGUAUAUUGAUAAAUAUAUAAAUUCCAUUUUUUAUAAGCCACUUGUCUAUAUAAAUCUCUAUAUAUGUGUAUAAUAAAUACAUGAAACAUG